UCUUCUUCUAACAACCCUCAAUUUCCGAUAAAAUAUGAGCAAUGAUCAACAUCUGUCGCCAGGCAGCUUGAGGGUAACAUAAUAUUACAGCUUUGCCAUGCUUCAAAAAACGCGAUGCAUUUACAAGUCAUCUUCUCAAUUUCAGAUAACCAUACAUAAUUGCUUUCUAAACGUACCUGUGAAAAAGCCUUAUGUAACAAUAACCUUAGGAGACCAAUACCAUCGAACAUCGAUUUCAGAAUAUGCCGAAGGUGCAUGGAACGAAAGCUUUGAAUUGAAAGUGACCUAUCAUAAUCAACUCUUUGACACCAUUCAGCUCGACCUAUACGACUCAAAUAUCAUUUUUAUGGACAAGCAUAUCGGGCGUUCAGAGAUUCGUAUAAAGCAUCUUGAAGGCAUGCCCGAACAAUUUACUAGUUUUUAUGAAGUUUUUGAAAAGAAAUUAUCGAUAGGGGCUACAUCGCAAGUCAGUCGAAGAACAAUCAUGACAUCAGGUGUGGGCGCUAUUCAGGCGGAAAUAGUUUACCAAUACCGUUAUAGCAACAACGGUAAUUUGUUAAAGCAACAACAUCGUCUUCAACAGAAUAUUUCAUUUGAUUUGUCAGAAAUGAAUUGGUUAAUUGAUCAGCAUAGAAGAGCCUUAUCAGCCAACAGUACUAUGACAACGAAUAGCACUGGUUCAUCUGUUGAUAAUGUAGACGUCGAUGCAAAGGACACGAAUGAUAGGAAAAAUUCAGAAUUAAUUGAAGAGUUCAAUCGACAUCUAGACAAUCAACGGAAUUAUGACGACAUCAAAUUCAAAAAAGUAGAGGAACAAAAGACAGAAGAAGAGGAUUAUCCUGAUAAUAGCAGCAGCAGUGGUUAUAACAGUUCUGACGAACCUGAUAAUGUAAAAGAUCGGCGUGAAUGUUGCAACAAUGGUGUUACUCUUAAUGGUGAUAUGAACAAAAAUGACAACAAUAUAACGAAUAAAAGACCUGUGUCGCUGACGUAUUCUGUGUCACGUGCGAGUAGUACCACAACUGUCAAAGAAACUUGGAGUUCCGCUAAUAACACGAGUGACCCUAAUCAGAGGAAUAGUCGAUCCGAUACCAAUGAAGAAGGAGGAGGCAUUUUUAAGAGUGUCUCGUCAUUUUUCGGCUUUCGAGGGAAUAAUAGUAACGCAGAACCAAAACAACAGCAGCAGCAUCUACAGUCCAGCUCUACAACAUCAUCGCUAUACCAAGAUUACAACAGUAAAAAGGAAGUUAUCAAAGAUCAAAAUGAGGAUAGCCUACGAUCAUUUCCAAUUUUAGAUGCAAUCGGAUCAUGGACCAUGGCAAAAGAGACAAGUCAGGUUUUAAGAGCCAUCGGAAAACUGUUAGUUGCUUUCGGUCAAGGUUUUGAAUUAUCCAAUUUCCAAAUACUUAUGGGAUUUCAUAUUGUAGAAAAAUUCUACAAUGAUCUACCAAGAAAAGAAGAAAGAACGUGGGAUUUGGUUGACAAUCUUGAAGAGAUUGAGAUGGCAUCGUAUAUGUGGCGGUAUGCUAUUGCAUCUUAUGGAUGGAAGGGACUAAAUUUCAUUGGUAAAGGAAAUGGAAUAUUGUCAGAUGCCGUACGAGCACAGUCGGAUGCAUUGUCCAUUUGCGAGCAUUUAGAGAUACCCAAGGAUGAUUUACUCGCAUAUGAACUAAGAACGGGCGCAGCGUUUAGGCCAAGUUAUUUUAUAGCAAGAGACAGGAAACUAAAUGCAAUUGUACUUAGUAUCCGUGGAACAAUGAGUACAUUUGAUACUAUGACAGACUUAGUAUGCGAAUACGAGCCCUGGAAGGGUGGCAUUGUGCAUAAAGGAAUGAAGUCUUCAGCGACAUGGUUUUUUCGUCACAUUGCUCCAAAAUUGAUAGCCUAUGUCAAUAAACACUCGACUCAAUCGCUGUAUAUUGUGGGACACAGUUUGGGCGCAUCUACAGGAGCAAUCCUGACAAUAAUGUUACAGGAUUACAUUAAUGAGUUUAGAAAAGGGAAGGAUAGCAACUUUAACAUAUAUUGUCUUGGAUACGCACCAGCCUGUGGGUUAAGUCUAAAUCUAGCAAACAAGUACAAGGAUCAGAUACAGUCCAUUGUUUUUGCUGACGAUUUUGUGAGUAAACUAAGUUACGGAUCCAUGAUGGAUGUCAAAGAGCUUAUCAUUGCUGGAGCAGAAGCAGCGAAAACUAUCGGAUUCGGUCAUCUGAUCUGGGGCGGAGGAGUUGAUCGACAACUUUGGAAAAAAGCAUUUGAAAGAGUAGCAGAAUGCCGAAAAAGAUGCCUGGAAACAUUAGCAAACCCGAGAUUAUAUGUUGCGGGAACAAUAUACCAGUUUUGGCUUGACCCUACUCCUGAAGAUGAAUCACGGAUUGUUAUAGAAAGAACGACACCAGAGCGUGUCUCCACGGAAUUGAUAAUUCGUCGGUCUAUCCUUCUUGAUCACCUACCAACCAACUUCGAUGUAGCAUUCAGGCGAGCAAUGACUUCUCUCGAGAAGGCAUCUCGAAGAAAAGAUGGCCGGAAAGACACGAAUGCUAGUCUCGGGCGCAACGAAGACACGGAAGAUAAAGGCGACAAGAUAUUUGAAGACCUGGCUGGUAUCGGUCUCAAAAGAACAACGGAAAGAACAGCUGGUGAUGGUAAUGUACUUGGCGAACAAGAAAAGCGAUAAGAAUCGGCUGGCAGUUACAGUUGAUACCAUACAUAACAGUUAUGUCAUAGACUUUUUAUCCAUAUAUAUGAUUCUUAAACUGUAUAAAGUUGAUUCCUGUUUAUUUUUAUGAAGCCUUGAGAUUAUUUCAUUACUCUUAUAUGCCUAACAACUAUGUACUGCCUUUCAC